AUGGCUCACACCACCAAGGAGAAUAGGGACGUUUACUAUCGCAAAGCCAAGGAAGAUGGAUACCGCGCAAGAAGCGCCUACAAACUGCUCCACAUUUUCCAGGCGUACGGAAUUUUCCAUCCGAUAGCGCGGAUCGAUCCGAUAACGGAGCUGCUACGGAAGGCCAAGUGCGAGCACUGCUGCCCAGACGAGGACCUGAGCGGCGUCCGCAAAUUCGACAUUUGCGAAGCACGUGCGCAGGUGUACCACUGCUCCAGCCUUCCACGCAUCAGGAACGUGGUGGAUCUCUGCGCCGCCCCCGGGAGCUGGACGCAGUGUAUCCGCGACUUCGUGUACAAUGAGUACUUCGUCUACAAGGACGCGGCGAAGGCCAUCGCCAAGGAGCAGAAGAUAUGCCCAAGGCUGAAGGACAGCUGCACGGUAAAGCCCGUGAUCAUAGCGGUGGACCUUCAAGACAUGGCGCCCGUGAAAGGCGUCGAAAUCAUAAAAGGAGACAUCACGAACGAAAAGGUUAUGGAAAAUAUCAAGGACCUGUUCGUUCAGAACGUUAGUAAACGCCUGUUGGAGUGCGCAAAAGACGAUACCUCCCUGGCGGACAGCAGCCUUGCCCAGAUUGUUUCAUGCGACGGCGCCCCGGAUGUCAGCGGACUCCACGAAACCGACGCGUACGUCCAGUCCUGCCUCAUACGCGCUGCCAUCAGCGUAUGUGCUUCCGUUCUCGACCCUCAAGGCCUGUUUGUGUGCAAGGCGUUCUCCAGCGACGCCGACGCGCCCAUCUACAGGCAAGUAAACAUGUUCUUCGACGACUUCAGCAUCCACAAGCCUGCCGCAUCAAGACUCACAAGCGCGGAGUGCUUCAUCAUUGCCCGCGGGUUCAAACCCAUGGGGCGCAUCACCAAGGGCCCCAACGGAUUCAUUCACACGGCGGCGCCACCCGACGCAAAGCACGAAGCAAAAUGGCUCAUCCCACAAAUGUGCUGCGGCGACCUGGCGCCAUACGAAAAAGCAGUCAGCAGCUGA